AUGGCUGAAACGACCAACAAUCUGCCUACCGACAACACAGAAACCAGCCAGCGGGUAGAGCAGAAUGGACCUGCACCAAAGCGGCCACGGCUGGAGAGGGACGAGACCCCGGAGGAGGGUGAGUUGAUAGAGAACCCCACCACUCAAACGAGAGGCGACAUAGACAUGGAACGCGAUGCAGGAGGGAGACAUGAUCAGGAUCCAGCCACCCCGUCCCCUCCAAGGUCCCCUCCCCCCCUCCCCCCCGCCUACCUAGAGAACCCGCAUAUGCAAUUCUCCCGCAGAGACCUCGCCCCCUUGUUACCGGCUGAAUCGAGGAUCGCGUUCACCCAAGGAUAUUUUGUUAAGGACUGUGUCAAGGGGCCUCCUGACUCAUCCGCACAGGGGCACGGGAGCGCGGGCGGAGCGCGGGAGCGCGGACGCGCGGACGAGCGGAGCACACAGGACUUGGCUUCAGCUUUGAUGCUGCGCCCUCCUAGCCCUGCGGUGUCCCAAUUUCGGAGAGAGCAAGGUGAGAGGCGGGCUCCGCGGAGGAGCCCGGAGCGAAGACUUAGAAGGACAAGUGACGGAGAAGGAACUAAGAUUCAGAUGAGGCUUAGUAUGUAA